AUGAGCGCCUCCAGUCAUGGCUUCCCCAACGCAGCCUGCCUUUCCCACUGCCCAGCUCCAGCAGCAGCUCCAGGAAUGGUCUCUGAUCUCACUGUCACAUGGUUUGAAUCCAUUAUCACGGGUGUCUUGGAGCCUGAAGCUGCUUCAGCCCUGCCAGAAGAUCCUGGAAGACCCUGGAAGCUAAGCCAAAAUCAACAGCAGGGCCCGCUCCCUCACUUGUGCCCGCGAAGACGCAGGUGCCUGCCGGUGGAGGAGUGGAGGCUCCGGUGAAUUCCACUCCAUAUCAGCCGGGGCUCUGGUCCAUUGCGUGCAGGGAUCAACACCAUGCAGUACCUCCUUCAACCCUCUCAUCACCUCCGACCAUUCCGCUGACCAACAGGUUUGAUGUCCUGAGCAAGAAGGAUUUCCCUCCUCUGGGCAAGAAUGCCCAACAGCAGCAAGCGGCAAAACCAUCCUCCGUUCACCACAAGCUGCUGAAGGAGGCUGUCGCGCGGAGGAGUUCAGGGGGUAACACCAACCCUGUGACAACUGGACCCUCCGUUGCUGGUGAAGGUGCUUCUCUGGACUACAGAGCACCCCGGUGCCACCCCUGGAGCCAUCCAGUCCCAAUCCCACUCAGAAGUGUAUCCAUGAGGGCCUGGCCCCGGAGCCCUCCUUUCUCCCGGGCGCUCGACAGAGGUCUCCCUCAUCUCAAGGCCAUCCUGAAGACUUGGGCAGGAAAAGCGCAACGGGGGCGUAGCACACCCUUCCCUGGCAGCUAG